UUAAAACCAUAACAACUAUUGACCAAUACAUUUGUUUUAUCUUGUUUUUGUGGAAUCAAUAUUCUUGCUAUACAAAUUGUGAAAACGCGGUCCUUAGUCUAAACUCACCUAACAAGGGUAGACCAGUGCUACAACCAGCAAUAUCAUCAAUGGCAAAGAAACCUGUGAAGUACUACGUGGUGGAUGCAUUCACAGAUUCUGCUUUCAAAGGAAACCCAGCAGCAGUAUGUUUAUUAGAACAAGACAGAGACGAUGAUUGGUUGCAAUUAUUGGCGGCUGAAUUCAAUAUUUCUGAAACAUGUUUUUUGACUCCAAUUCAUGGUACUUCUGUUCCUCGUUUUGGUCUCAGAUGGUUUACUCCUACUACUGAGGUUAAACUUUGUGGUCAUGCCACAUUAGCAGCUUCACACACACUUUUUUCAUCUGGUUUGGUCCAUAACAAUGUUAUUGAAUUUGAGACACUAUCUGGAAUUUUAACUGUCAAAAAGAUCCCUUCGAUUGACGCCACUGGUGCACCGAAUUCGCAGAAUGGUGAAGCUCCGGUUGGCUUUCAUAUUGAAUUGGAUUUUCCUGCAGAUCCUACCACAGAAUCCAACUCUGAAUUCACUUCACUCAUUUCUUCGGCAUUGAAUGGUGCUUCAAUCAUUGAUAUAAAGAAGACACAAGUUGGAGACAAUUUAAUUGUUGUUGUCGCGUCUGGAAAAAAUGUGACAGAAGUACAGCCACAACUUGAUGUGAUUGCUAAAUGUCCUGGAACGGGAAUAAUUCUUACCGGGAUUGCUCCUCCAGAGUCAGGAUUUGACUUCUACAGUCGAUAUUUCAGUCCUAAAUUUGGAAUCAAUGAGGAUCCUGUUUGUGGAAGUGCACACUGUGGCUUGGUACCCUAUUGGAGCAAGAAGCUGGGAAAGUUUGAUUUAAGGGCUUAUCAGGCAUCAGCUAGAGGAGGAAUUCUCGAUCUUCAUCUUGAUGAGCAGAAACAAAGAGUGUUUUUGCGCGGGAAAGCUGUUACGGUGAUGGAAGGGUUUGUUCUGGUCUAGUCUUGUUUCUAGCAUUAUAAUGAAAGUAGUUGCAGAAAUAUCUGUAAUAAAUAUAACAGAUCACAAAAAUUGUUAUUGGAGCAGCACUUAAUUGUUUAGAUACUUUACCACAUAAGUGCCUUUAAGCAAACACUUAACUGUUUAAUAAAUUGGUGUGGUGGUUACUUUUGGUUGAUAAAUAUCCGAAUUCUCAUUGAAGUUGAUGGAUGACUUGUAUAAAUCAGUACUUCAUGUUUCAUUUUGGUUUUUAAAUGAGUAGUCUGUGUUUGGUUCAAUGUUCUUGUAAUGCAAAGUUUUAUUGUGAAUCAUUAUUAUUUAAUUGAUCUCUUGAAAAUUCUUGUAUAAAAAGUGUUAUCAAAACAAUGUCUUACAUAGAUGCAUACAUUAAGAUCAGGAUGAGAAAUGUCACAAGGCCAUAACUUUAUUAAUAUUUUUAGAACUCAAGUUCUUCAGUACAGCACAUCCAAAAUUUAUUUUAUUAUUAUUUUGUUACAUAAGAUGGCCACCUCGUCAUUGCAUUGCAUGAGUUUAUUGAGAUUGUGAUUGAGGCUGAACCAACGAGCCACGAUUUCCAUUAUACUUAAUUUGAGCAACUUCACUCUUUCGAAGUCCGAAAGCAUUUACAAGAACCUCAGCAGGAGUGGCCCUAAAGACCUGUUUUACAUGGCUAACAGCAGCUCUAUCAUUUGUCUUGAACACUACAUACUCAAAAGCUUCUUCAUUUCCUGCUUGUUCAGCCACCACAAAGUUUUGUGGCACCACCACCAAUUGUCCCUUUCUCACUUUGUCGUCGAACACUGGAUUUCCUUGACUGUUCACUAUUUUAACUCUUCCCUGUCCUCUAAUCACGUACAAGAGGCUGUUGGCGUUGAUGUUCCAGUGUGGAGCAUAUAUACCAUUCUGCAUAUACAUACAUACAUCGAAGUAUACACAUUAAUCAUAUUAUGGAAAUAUACACAUAGGUUAAAAAAUUACUAGUACUAUGCAUACCCUGUAGAGAAGAACAUAUUCUGCACUGAGGCGUAAAUUGCGGAGGAUUGGGAGGGUUAAACUGUUAACAGUGCUGAUGCGACCAGCACGCGGGUUGUAGAGAUCAGCACGUGAAGGGCGAGCGAUGUUUUCAUGAAUCUUUGUAGUGCAAAUAGUUUCUUCCAAACCAUUCUUACUUCCUUUGCUGUGUUCCCUAUGUACUUCUUCCUCUUCCUCCUUUUCUUCUUCCUCUACCUGUUCUUUUUCUUUUCCUUGUCCGUGUGAUUCUCGUUUCUUCUCUUCGGUGUGUUUUUUCCACUUUCGACGAGUCUCAUGGCUGCGAGGUUCAUCCUCAUCUUCCUCUUCUUUUUCGCUAUGUUUGCGGUAUCUUUGUUCUCGUUCUUCUUCCUCUUCCUCCUCUCUUUGACUCUGACUUUGUUGUUGUUGUUCUUCUUCUUGCAACUCAGGACUGAUAAUGUCAAGACCGUCCUCUACUUUCACGAUUUGACCCCUUUUGUCCUGUGGAGAUCGAAGUCUCUUGGCUGUAUGCUCAUUGGUGUUGAGUGAUUGUGCUAAAAACUCUGCACCGAAGCCACUCAACACGCUAUUACCUUCGUUUUGUUCCUCGGACUCCUCCUGUUUUUGGUUCUGUCCACCUCUACGUCCAAAAGGUACUACGCGUCUUGGUUGUUCUUGUUCCUGUGUUUCGGGGAACUCUGCCUCUGGGUUUCCGCCAAGAUAGAAUACCUGCAAACACAUAUUUACAUAAAAUUAGUUGAGUAGAAAAUAUAAUACGUUACAAAAGUUUAUAAUUCUCUGCAAAAUUUGGAUAAUGUAACAGUUACUUACUCUGGGGGUUGAAUCGAGCUGGUUUAGAGUGUUGGAAGUGUCGAGAAGACUAAUGGCAACAAGAGGUUCAUCACCGUGGUUAUAGGUCCAGUAUGGAAUUCCAGGUGGAAUGGCAAUGACAUCACCUUUAGAGAAGCGUCGAAUCUUCUGGUGGCUGUCACGUUGUUGUUGUUUCUGUCUAGAUUGUGA